AUGUGCUACUUUGAGCAGACUCGCUGGACAUGCGGCUUCUGGCGUUGGGGCCACUUCCGCCAGCAGUGCAACAAAGAGUACCGCAUGGGCGAGACGUGCGGGCUAAAACUUGUUUACGAAACCAAAGACGAGCGCGAAGUUUGUAAACUCUGCCACGAUACUGAAAAGAAACAGCGCCGAUAUGACAAGAUGUAUCGCGAUGUUCAACGCUGGCAACGUGAGGGCAAUCGUAAUGCCACUAUUGAACGGACGUGCGGAGAGAUGCAGGAAGUGCUGGGACAGAUUUACCGUAUGCGAGAGGAGCAUGAUCAAAGGCUACGGACGCUUGGCCAGUAA